AUGGCUGAUAGGGUGCAUCGGUAUGUGAUGGGGCUAGAUUGUCACUUGGUUGAUAGUUGUAUGGCCAUGGAUUUUCAUCCAGGCAUAGAUAUUGCUCAGGUACAAGCAUAUGCACAAGGAGUGGAGGAUCGACACAGGGGACAUCAGCCCGAGAGAGAUUUUAACAGAGGUCAACAUAAGAGGACUAAAUCAGUUGGUUAUUAUGGUGACUGUCGAGGUGGGCAGCCUCAACAGUAUGGUAGAUACCCUUCCCAGGGUUCACGUCAGUCAAGGCCACCCUUGCCUCAUUGUCCUCAUUGUGAUAAGGCUCAUUCUGGGAAAUGUCAUUUUGGGACAAAUGCUUGUUUUACUUGCAGCCGUCAGGGCCACGUUAUGAGGGAUUGUCUAUACAGGGGCAGCUUAGAAAGUACAGUUCAGCCUAUUGGGCUAGUUGCUGGUUUAUCUUCGUCCGUGGCUAUGCGCCCUACAGGACAGAGUAUUCAGACACCAGCAGGCCAUGCACAGUUGCUCACCAUGGCCGGUGAUGGUCUUCCAUGGUCAGUACUUAUACCAGUUCCUGCAAUUUUUUGA